AUGUCCGGCCCGACCCCCGAAAGCACCCGAAGGCCGCGUUCGACCUCGCGGUCGCGACCUACAACGCCGCUACGGCCCUCGUCUCGCUCUUCCUUCCGCGAGUCCGCCCAGCGCAGCACAAACGGUGGCGCCGAUCCGUUCCCGCUCAACGCUUUCGAGCCAGCAUUUGCCGAGCUCGCAGACGCAGUCACGGAUCUCGAGGCCAACAUGAUGCAUUUCCAGCUCAUGCACGAGAGCCUCGCCCGCUUCAGCGAGGACUUUGCCAGCUUUCUAUACGGGCUCAACAUGAAUGCCUUUUGUGGACCAAUCGCAGACUCCUUUCGUAGAGCGAAGGAUUUUGAAGCAGAGGCUUCCACCUCUCGACCGUCUAGUGAGCGUGGCGAUGUGGACGCCGAGAGCACUUUUAUAAAAUCCAUCGACAGGCUCUAA